AUAUUCAAGGGUAAAUGGUUAGCAAAGGAAUGGCAUCAAGCUCUUGUCUUAAGCAAGGGUCAGUGCCAAUGAACAAUGUUUGUGUUACCCCUGAGGCAACGUAUGAGGCUGUGGUUGCAGACCCUCGGCUUUUCAUGUCUUCCUUGGAAAGGCUGCACUCUCUCUUGGGUACUAAGUUCAUGGUUCCAAUAAUAGGAGGGAGAGAUUUGGACUUGCACAAGCUUUUCGUUGAAGUAACCUCUCGUGGUGGAAUCAAUAAGAUACUUAAUGAAAGGAGAUGGAAAGAGGUAACUGCUACAUUUGUCUUUCCUCCAACAGCAACAAACGCAUCAUAUGUCCUGCGCAAAUACUACUUCUCGCUGCUUAACAAUUAUGAGCAAAUCUAUUUCUUCAGAACCAAUGGCCAGGUUCCUCCAGAUUCUCUGCAGAGCCCAUCUGCUAGACCAGGCCUUAUGCAGGCAGCCAUUAGACCUGCACAUGAACUCCAAGGUCUAAACUUUACCCCACAGCCCAGGAUCAAUCCUGGAGAAUUCGCUGGAGGAUCUGCUGCUGAAGAAAAUGUGGUUGGAGUGAUCGAUGGAAAGUUUGAAUAUGGUUACUUUAUAACUGCAGAAGUGAGAUCAGAGAAGCUUAAAGGAGUUCUGUAUCAGCUUCUUCCCCCAGUCACAGUUGGUCAUCAAACUCCCCAACAGAGUCAUGGUGUACUCCCCAACACUUGGAACAGUUCUGCCAAUCCUCCGGGGGCUACAGGAAGAGUAACAAAACGCCGUAGGAGAAGAAAGAAAUCAGAGAUUAAAAGACGUGAUCCUGCACAUCCGAAACCCAACAGAAGUGGUUAUAACUUCUUUUUCGCGGAGCAGCACGCGAGGCUGAAACCUCUUUAUCCCGGUAAGGAUAGGGAUAUCAGCAGGAUGAUUGGUGAACUCUGGAACAAGCUGAAUGAAGAGGAAAAAUCGGUUUACCAAGGGAAGGCAAUGGAGGACAAAGAGCGAUAUCGAGUUGAAAUGGAAGAUUACAAUGAGAGGCUGAAGACUGGGCAGCUCAUAAGCAACGCUAUUCCGCUGCAACAGAGACUUCCGGAGCAAAACGUAGACAUGGCUGAAGCUGAACUUCCGAUAGAAGAAGGCGAAGAAGAGGACGAAGAAGGUGAUUCAAGCGGUUGCUCAGGUGAAAGCGAGCCACAUAAUGAUGAUCAGAGCGGAGAAACCGAUCCAGAAUUGGAAGAGUCAUCAAUGAACCCCUCAGUUCUAAACCCUAACCCUAAUCCAACUGAGAUGGUGGUGGCUCCUAAGGAGAAAAAUGGCGAUGUUGUGAUGGUAACAUCUCCAAUGAAGAAAGCCGAUGAGCCUACCGUGGCGGUGGUUGCUGAGCAGAACUGAAGAUAGGGCUUCGGGUACCUUACUUGGGGCAGAAGACAUUGUCUUUUGGUCUUAGUACUAUGGUUUUUUUUUUUUUUAUUGUCUUAAGAUUUUUCUACAGAAACAAUUUAGGGUUUAAGAGAGAGAAGGUUAUAACAUUUUGUUGGUCUUUUGGCAUUGCUAAGUCUUGUUUGAAGGAUUUUAAUUUUUUUC